GACCUAUCCACUAGCUGGGAUUGGAAGUAGGCCGAUUCAACAACUGCGAUUUUACGACUUCACGACUGUCAGCUACUGCAUUGUAGACAUAGCUUUAACGUUGAAUAUUAUCCGGUCAACAACCAAUCAACGCACCAGGCGAUAUAUUGUCUAUAUCAAACAUCACACCCCUGCAAACUAUAAACAAAGUGACAAAGUAUAUCUGACUUUGUAGUUCAUGUAAUUUUUUAAUAUAUUUAAACUCGAUUAAACAGACGUAAAAUUACGACGUUCCUGAAAUUUAUACUUUGUCGGAAGAAAGUUUAGAAUCGCACAGCACGUUUGUUUUAAUAUCACAAGCAUGGAUGAUGAUGAUCAGUAUCAAGGUGGCUACGAUGUUGGUUCUUUUCCUAAAGAUUUUGGAUAUGCACCAUUCGACGGAGAAACAGAAGGAUCUAUGGAUCCGUUGGCAGGAGAACAGAAACCUAGAAUACUUUUGAUGGGUCUUAGACGUAGCGGCAAAUCAUCCAUACAAAAGGUGGUGUUCCAUAAAAUGUCGCCAAAUGAGACUCUGUUUUUAGAAAGUACAAAUAAAAUAAUUAAGGAUGAUAUAAGCAAUUCGAGCUUCGUGCAGUUUCAAAUAUGGGAUUUUCCUGGACAAAUUGAUUUCUUCGACCCUACCUUUGACAGUGAUAUGAUAUUCGGUGGUUGUGGAGCAUUGGUGUUUGUGAUAGAUGCUCAAGACGAUUACAUGGAGGCGCUUAAUAAGCUUCAUUUAACAGUCACAAAGGCUUAUAAAGUUAAUCAAGCAAUUAAGUUUGAAGUUUUUAUCCAUAAAGUGGAUGGAUUAUCAGACGACUGUAAGAUGGAAACACAAAGAGAUAUACAUACCAGGGCAAAUGAUGAUUUAGCAGAUGCUGGGUGUGAUCAAAUUCAUUUGAGUUUUCACUUGACCUCAAUCUACGAUCAUAGUAUAUUUGAAGCAUUCAGCAAAGUUGUCCAAAAAUUAAUACCACAGCUGCCUACUUUAGAAAAUUUACUCAAUAUCCUCAUAUCGAAUUCUGGAAUUGAAAAGGCGUUUCUGUUUGAUGUCGUUUCAAAAAUAUAUAUUGCAACAGAUAGCUCACCCGUCGAUAUGCAAAGUUAUGAAUUGUGUUGUGAUAUGAUCGAUGUUGUUAUCGAUGUUUCCUGCAUAUAUGGAUUAAGAGAGGAUUUAGAAGCGGCUGCAUUUGACAACCAAAGUUCCAGUUUAAUUAAGCUAAAUAAUGGUACAAUUUUGUACCUGCGUGAAGUAAACAAAUUUUUGGCGUUGGUCUGCAUCUUACGUGAAGAUAAUUUUGAUAGGCAAGGUGUAAUUGACUAUAAUUUCCUUUGUUUCCGUAAGGCAAUACAACAGGUAUUCGAAUUACGAAACAAGGCGUUAGCCGCAACAAAUGCAAACAAUCAUUCAUCUUCUCCUGUUAGUACUAAUGAAACAUCAAAUGCUCCUACAGGAGCACAGAGCGGAGCCAUCGGCCAGAAUGGUGCCGUUGUGAUUGCACAGAGUUAAUUCUUAUGUGCAGUAUAUUAAGAAUUUCUCACUUGAAUAUAUGUAAAUGUGAUGUAUUAAUUUCACUAUUAUCUAUAUAGAGAUAUCACAUCUCUGCCUUUUCCGCAAAUGUUUCAUGAACUCAUAUUUUACCUUCAUAGUAAUUUUUUAUCAAUUUUGUUAAAUGCGUACAAUACGUUUCGUAUCAAGGAUAAUUUAUAUGAAAUAAUUAUAUUACCGGUAUGAUCGUCAAUAUAUUUUUAACAUAUAAAACACACACACACACAC